AUGAAGAACACCGCCGUUCUCAGCGCUGCUGUCAUCCUCGUCCUCAGCGGCGUCCAAGCCCAGGACCUCCCCGCGUGCGGCCAAACGUGCGUCACUAACAUGCUCGGACUUGCGGCUGAACUCGGAUGUGGCGACGUCCAAGGUUCUGAGCGGGAAGCCUGCCUGUGCCGUAACCCCAACUUCCUGUACGGUAUCAACGACUGCUCUACUGCCGUCUGCGCCGAGGACACCGAGGCCGCCGCCGCCGCCGUCCGUUACGGCCUUUCCUACUGCGCUGACCGUGGUGUCACUGUUGAGCCCGUCCCCGCUGGUACUGUCACCGAGGCCACCAACACUGAGACUGUCACUGCCACUGCCACUGGUGGCGGCGCCAACGGCGGAGCUGUUCCCAUUGUUACGACCAUCGUUUCCGAUGGCACUACCCUAGUCUCCACCAUUGGUACCGGCACCGUCACGGGCACCGCCGGCGGUGGAGCCGUUGUUCCCAUUGUCACGACCAUCGUUUCGGACGGUACUACCUUCACCUCUACUGUUGGUACUAGCACCAUCACAGGCACUGCCGCCAACGGAGACGACGACAGCAACACUGCUGUCGUCUCCACCUUCACCACUGUUAUCACCAGCGGUGAUGACACUAUCACUUCGACCGGCGUGACCACUAUUGGAAUCAACGGCGUCUCUGGUGCCUCGCAGCUCCCUGUGACUACUGUCGCCGUCCCCGUCGUGACCACCAUCACCAGCGGUGACGACCUUAUCACCUCUACGAUUGGCACUACCUCGGUUGUCUCCACCCUCACCGGCUCUGCUCUGACUUCGGCUCUUGAGAGCCAGGCUUCCGAUGCCGCCAGCACUGGUGGCGAUGACAGCAACACUGCUUCGGGCUCCGCUACUACCACCGACAGUGGUUCUUCCUCCGAGACCCAGACUGGUGAUGCUGCCGCUUCCUCCACCACUGGCGGCGGUAACGACUCGGCCGGCAUGUCCCUCACCGCUCCUGCCUUUGGCCUCUUGGCCGCCAUGGGUGUCGCUGCCAUCCUCUUCUAAGAGCACCAACCCGGAGUAAGAGUCGGUGAUUCCAUCAGCACAUUCGAUAUUUAAAAUACCCCCCUGCGUCAAAUCCUCGGUUUUCGACCUCACGCCUUCGAUCGAUUCCAUGUCAUGAUCUUGACAGGACUACAGCCAAAAAAAAAAUGGACGUCGGUCAGAAUCGAAGGCACCACGAAUCGCAAUUGAGGUGAACGGUAACGGAACUACCGAGGCACUGCAGGCUUUCUUUCUUUCCUUUUCAGGCCCCAAGGAGAUGAAAUGGUUCAUCUUGUUCUUUUUUAAUGGAUUGCUUGGUGUUGGACUUGAGCGUAAUGGAAUGGCGUGUUGAUGAUGGUUAUUGGCAGACCUUUAAGGGGCAUGUGCUGAGGCUCGAGACCAGUGAAAAGGGGUGGGACCGAAGGUUGGUUGACCUCUUGCCUUUGUUGUCGAAAUUCGGACGAAACCAUGAUAAAUGAAUGUAUGUACAAAUGUAGAAACAUUGCAACGCCGCAGA